AUGAUGCAAGAAGGAGGUACUUGUCAAACAAGUGUGAUGCAAGGUAGUAACACUUUUGGGCAAUUAGGAUCCAGUAUUCGUUGGAAACUUAAAUCAACAAAUGAUGAAACUGAACAAGAUAACGAAGUAAUUGAUUUUAUUGAGGGCAGAGAGGAGAAUAUUCUCCCAGAGAAUAUACAAUUAGGACUUUUAGACAUUGAUAAUAUGCUAGAAGCUGGUUGUAGCAUGGCAGAAAUAAAAGCUAUGGCAGGUGUAAAUGAUUUCAUUGAUGAUCACCAUUUUGAUGAUGAUGACGUUGGUCUGGAUGGUGGAGUUGAAGGUGUUGGAGAUGAAGUUGUUGGUCAUGGUGAUGGUGAUGGAGAAGGUAAUGGUGUUGGAGAUGAAGUUUCUUGUGAUAGUGAUGAAGAAGGUCAUGGUGCUGGAGAUGUUGAUGAUAGUGAUGGACCUGAAGGUGAUGGUGAUGGACCUGAAGGUGGUGUUGAUGAAAUGGGUGAUGAUGAGGGAAAUCAGGGUGAUGAUGAAGGACAAGAGGUUAUCCCAAUGGUUAGGAGAAUACGGAAAACAUCUGAGAGGAUUACCAAGACAAAGUUAAGGAAUGAUGUCUAUGACAAAUAUGGUGGUGGUUCUUCUUAUAUAAACACAAUCAACUUGGAGUAG